AUGGCAAGAGAUAAGGCCCCAGGGGUGGAUGGACUCCCAAUGGAAGUCUAUAAGGUAUUUCAAGGGAUAUUGCUUCCCGAACUGCUUAAGGUGUUUGAAUUCUCUCUGGAUGCUGGGUCGCUGCCGCCUUCUAUGCAAGAAGCACUAAUUGUAGUCAUACCGAAGCCUGGGAAGGAUCCCAAGUAUCCGGAUUCUUACAGGCCAAUAUUGCUGUUGACAGUGGAUGUAAAACUGCUAACGAAAGUGUUGGCGACACGGUUGUCUCGGUUGAUUCUCACCAUAGUACAUCCGGAUCAAACAGGCUUUAUGCCCGGCAAAUCUACUGCCAUUAAUAUCCGGAGAUUGUACACCAGUUUACAGAUUCCAGGGGAGGAUAGUGGUGAUAGAGCUGUGCUGACGCUUGACGCUGCUAAGGCGUUUGAUAGUAUAGAAUGGAAAUAUCUUUGGACGGUGCUGAAUUGUAUGGGCUUUGGUACUCAAUUUAUUAGAUGGGUCCAAGUGCUCUAUUCCACUCCACGAGCACGGAUUAGAGCCAACGGAGGAAUAUCUGACUACAUUAAUUUGCAAAGAGAUUACGCUACCAGAUAUCCUGAGGCAAUUCCACUGCGCCAUACAUCGGCUAAGCUUAUAGCCAAAGAAUUAAUGGGCAUGUUCUCUCAGGUAGGGAUACCUAAGGAGAUCUUGACAGACCAGGGGACUCCCUUCAUGUCGAAGGUCAUGAAGGAACUCUGCCGGUUGUUAAAUGUUAAACACUUACACACGUCUGUUUACCAUCCCCAAACAGACGGGCUUGUGGAAAGGUUUAACAAAACUUUAAAGACCAUGCUCAAGAGAGCCGUGUCCAAAGAUGGGAAGGACUGGGAUCUUUUGCUGCCGUAUGUAUUAUUCGGUGUGCGAGAAGUGCCCCAGGCCUCCACUGGGUUCUCGCCCUUUAAACUAUUGUACGGCAGACAUCCUCGGGGGUUGCUUGACGGAACUAAAGAAGCAUGGGAGCAACAGCCCACCCCACACAAGAGUGUUAUCGAACACAUAGAGAAAAUGCAAGAAAGAAUAGGGACAGUUCUGCCGAUUGUCCGGGACCAUAUGGAGGCGGCACAACUGGCCCAGAGCCAGGUAUACAACCGGGCCACCCAGGUAAGGACUUUUAACCUGGGCGACCGGGUACUGUUACUUGUGCCCACGGUCGACAGUAAAUUCCUUGCUAGGUGGCAGGGACCCUACGAAGUGAUGGAGAAAGUAGGACCAGUGAACUACAAGGUAUACCAGCCGGGUCGGCAAAAGCCCACUCUCUGUCUUGACUGCGGGGAAGGCUCUGGUUCCACCAGUGAUCCUGCAGAAAGCCUCCUCUGCGUCCGACAUGACAUUGUCACCGAGCCCCAGGUCAAAGUUCGCUUAAAGCCAUAUCGGAUGCCUGAGGCUCGGCGACAAGCCAUCUCUAAAGAAGUGAAGUCGAUGUUGCGACUAGGGGUCAUUGAAGAGUCUCGGAAGCAGAGUACGGAGGACAUUUCUACAGAUAACCGCCCAGAUGACUGUACCAGGAACUUAGAGAAACCUCUGGUAUCUUUGGAUUUUGAAGUAGAUGACUGUGGUAUCACACGAGAUACAUUUGAAGAGCAUGCCAAUAUCCAAGAUAUAUCUUCAUCCAAUCACAGCAACAAUGCAUCAUUUGAUUCUUUUAAACAGGUCCGAUGUUCUGAUUCAUCACAGACUGUAACACAGAAUAAAAGUCACAGAAGAAGUGCUAAACAUCCAACAGCACACGUAGAAGAAAAGCCAUUUUCAUGUUCAGAAUGUGGUAAAAGUUUCAACCAUAAAUCACAUCUUGUUAUACACGAGAGAACUCACACAGGGGAGAAGCCAUUUUCAUGUUCAGAAUGUGGGAAAUGUUUUCACCGACAAUCACAUCUUGUUAUACAUCAGAGAAUUCACAUCGGGGAGAAGCCAUUUUCAUGUUCAGAAUGUGGGAAAUGUUUUAACCAGAAAUCAACUCUUGUUAGACAUCAAAAAACUCACAGAGAAGAGAGGCCAUUUUCAUGUUCAGAUUGUGGAAAAUGUUUUAAGCAGAAAUCAAGUCUCUUUUCACAUAAAAAAACUCACAAAGAGAAGCCAUUUUCAUGCUCAGAAUGUAGUAAGCGUUUUACUCGCAAAUCAUAUCUUGUUGUACAUCAGAGAACUCACACAGAGGAGAGGCCAUUUUCAUGUUCAGAAUGUGGAAAAUGUUUUACGCAGAAAUCAUAUCUUGUUAUACAUCAGAGAAUUCACACCGGGGAGAAGCCAUUUUCAUGUUCAGAAUGUGGGAAAUGUUUUAAGCAGAAAUCAUAUCUUGUUAUACAUCAGAGAAUUCACACCGGGGAGAAGCCAUUUUCAUGUUCAGAAUGUGGGAAAUGUUUUAAGCAGAAAUCAUAUCUUUUUAUACAUCAGAGAAUUCACACCGGGGAGAAGCCAUUUUCAUGUUCAGAGUGUGGGAAAUGUUUUAGCAAUAAUCCAGAGCUUGUUGUACAUCAUAGAACUCACACAGGAGAGAAGCCAUAUUCAUGCUCAGAAUGUGGGAAAUGUUUUAAGCAUAAAUCAAAUCUUGAUAAACAUCAGAAAGUUCACACAGGGGAGAAGCCAUUUUCAUGUUCAGAAUGUGGGAAAUGUUUUAACCAGAAAUCAGCUCUUGUUACACAUCAAAAAACUCACAGAGAAGAGAGGCCAUUUUCAUGUUCAGAUUGUGGAAAAUGUUUUAAGCAGAAAUCAAGUCUCUUUUCACAUAAAAAAACUCACAGAGAAGAGAAGCCAUUUUCAUGCUCAGAAUGUAGUAAGCGUUUUACUCGCAAAUCAUAUCUUGUUGUACAUCAGAGAAAUCACACAGAGGAGAGGCCAUUUUCAUGUUCAGAAUGUGGAAAAUGUUUUACGCAGAAAUCAUAUCUUGUUAUACAUCAGAGAAUUCACACCGGGGAGAAGCCAUUUUCAUGUUCAGAAUGUGGGAAAUGUUUUAAGCAGAAAUCAUAUCUUGUUAUACAUCAGAGAAUUCACACCGGGGAGAAGCCAUUUUCAUGUUCAGAAUGUGGGAAAUGUUUUAAGCAGAAAUCAUAUCUUUUUAUACAUCAAGAAACUCACAGAGAAGAGAAGCCAUUUUCAUGCUCAGAAUGUAGUAAGCGUUUUACUCGCAAAUCAUAUCUUGUUGUACAUCAGAGAAAUCACACAGAGGAGAGGCCAUUUUCAUGUUCAGAAUGUGGAAAAUGUUUUAAGCAGAAAUCAACUCUCUUUUCACAUAAAAAAACUCACAGAGAAGAGAGGCCAUUUUCAUGUUCAGAAUGGUACUGUAGUCCACCUAUUCCAGUUACUACUUUAGAUGCCCUCCUCUGA